CCGCGAAGGUGGGUGGAGAGUUCCUCUUCUUUCUUUCUCUUCUUCUUCUUCUUCAGCACCUUUCCUCUUCCAUCUUUCCUAGGGUUUUGUUUGUACCUACUAAUUUUGUAUGAAGUUGUUGUAAGAUUCUCAGUAUCUGUAUCUAAGUUCAAUUCUGCAGCUCAAUUCGUGAGUUUCCAAAUCAAAACAGAGAAUUAAUCAUUUAAUUCAUGGACGCUGCCGCCGGUGACUCGUGGAGUGCUCGUCUCUCGACCGCUACAAGGCGCCACCAGCCUCGAUCCGAUCCGUUCCUGGGAGUGGAAGAAUUCUUCGAUGGAGACGAAGAGUCGCGGCCGGAGUAUCUCUGCCCGUUCUGUGCCGAGGACUUCGAUAUCGUCGGCCUGUGCUGCCACAUCGAUGAAGAGCAUCCGGUUGAAGCCAGGAAUGGGGUAUGCCCUGUCUGUGCAAGAAGAGUGGGGAUGGAUAUGGUUGGGCAUAUUACCACGCAACAUGGAAACUUUUUUAAAGUACAGCGCAAGAGAAGGUUCCGUAAGGUUGGAUCUAAUUCGACAUUUUCAAUAUUGAGAAAAGAGCUGCGUGAAGGAAAUCUACCAUCCUUUCUUGGAGGGCCAUCUCGAAUGGUCUCAUCCUCCAAUACAGAACCUGAUCCAUUGUUGUCAUCAUUUAUAUUCAACCCCCGCAUGGUUGGUGAACCUGUAAGUUCACAACCUCAUUCUACAGUUGAGCCCACAUUGGUAAAGGAAAGCUCAGAGGAUGAAUUCUUAGAAAGAAAAGGGCAGCAGGGAGUGGUGACAGACAAGGAGCAGGAAGAGAAGGCGCGGAGGUGCGAGUUUGUGGGAGGGCUGAUGCUGUCGACCAUUCUUGAUGAUGGAUUAUGAAGCAGGAAUUGAGAGAUGAGAGAAGUUUGACCAUGUGAGGGAGGAUUUUACCCUAUAUAUAAUGUAUGUAUUUGUAGCAGUGAUGGAGAGAGAAGUUCAAAAGAGAGGAGGAAAAAUUGUGUAGCUGUUGAAUGUUACAGUGGGAGGGAGGGAAAUAGAUAGCAGAUAGCAGCGGCUAGGCCCAGAGUGUUGUCUUUAUGGGAUUCCUCCCCCGCCACACCCCCACCCCUAUUGUACUUGUAAGUUACCCUUGCAUAAUCAUAAUGGAAAGAUGGAAGAACUUUGCUUUA